CUGCCACUGCUGCUUCCGACGCCCAACCACGUGCACAACGUCGGCAACAACCGAGACGCGUAUGUGCUGCACCCACGACCGUCGCCGGACCUGCUGGUCUUUCUCGGCAAGCUCCUCGGCGUCGCGAUGCGCUCGAAAGAGUAUUUGGCGCUCAAUUUGAGUCAAGUGGUCUGGAAGCUCUUGACGCACGAAACGUUGUGCAUGGACGACCUCGAAGCCAUCGACAGCCUCGUCGUGAGCUCAAUGAACGCGAUCCGGCGCAUCGACACCGACGGCGUCGACGCCAGUUCGUUUGGCGACGUCAUCCAAGAGACCUUUGCGACGCUCUCGACCGACAACCGCACGGUGGCGAUCGUGCCGGGCGGUGACGAGGUCGCCGUCACGUUCGAGAACCGGUUUGCGUUUGCGGACGGCGUCGAGGCCUACCGCCUGCACGAGUUUGACGACGCCGCCAAGCUCUUGCGCGAGGGCCUCGGUGUCGUCGUGCCCCUCCAAGUGCUGCGCCUCUUUUCGUGGCGCGAGGUCGAGAUGAUGGUGUGCGGGUCACCGGCCAUCGACAUGGACUUGCUGAAAGAGUGCACCGAGUACAGCUGCUGCGAGCCGACGGACGCGCACGUCAAGUGGUUCUGGGAACUCUUCAAGCUCCAAAACAACGCCCGCGACCCGCCGGAUACGUACCUGCCCGUGUCGCACACGUGCUUUUUCUCGCUCGAACUGCCGAAAUACUCGUCCAAGGCGAUUUUGACCCAGCGGCUCAUGUACGCAAUCUACAACUGCCACGCGAUCGACGGCGACGGCGACGCGCUCGCGGCCAACCAGCUCGGCUGGGAAGACUAG